UUUUACUUGUUUCAUUUCUUCUGCUUUAUAUAUAAACCUACACCCUCCUAUCGUUACCUGCUCCUUCUGAACUUUUCUCUAUCUUUGUAUAUUCAUUGCACAUUAUGGCAACAAAGGCCGCUUAUAAGCGACUCUCCAAAGAGUACCUUGCUAUUCAAAAAAACCCUCCACCAUUCAUUACUGCUAAACCACUGGAAAGCAACAUUCUUGAAUGGCAUUAUGUGAUUCAAGGUCCACCUGAUACACCAUAUCUAGGUGGUGAAUACUAUGGCAGACUGACGUUUCCUUCAGAAUAUCCUUAUAAACCACCAGCUAUCCGAAUGGUCACACCUUCUGGACGUUUCCAGCCUGACACGCGACUUUGCUUGACGAUGAGUGACUUCCACCCUAGUUUGUGGAAUCCUAGCUGGUCCGUCGCCACCAUCCUCAACGGAUUGCUGAGUUUCAUGACCACCGACGAAACAACUACAGGCAGUAUCAAGACGACGGACUCUGAAAAGAGAUUCUAUGCAGCUAGAUCACACAUAUUCAACCUAAAGAUCCAGAAAUUUAGAGAUGUAUUCCCUGAAUUAUGUACUAUUCCGGAUAAUGCUUAUCAGCUCAUGGCAGCUACAGAAACACGGAAACGAGUCAACACAACAGCCCCAACUACAGUCAAGGCACGACCUAUUGAUCCUCAAACACCUCAUGCUCAAAGAAACGAAUCUACCUGGACAAGGACAGUCAGUCAAUGGAAGCGAUGGGUAUUAGUUUUGGUAUUGUUUGUCUAUCUUAUUAUGUCCAAGCUAGCUGCACGGUCAUCAUCGGCGAGUGAAGGAGGAUCCUAGUUAUGAAAAGAGAGGGAUAAAAAAAACAGGAGGUUUCUUUUGUCAUAAUGUAGCCUAUCACAGGCAAAAUAGUAACAAAUGAGAAGAAACACACAACACAACCCAAUAUUUGCACACGCACACAUGCACACACGCACACACGCACACACGCACAUUCACAAACGUACAUUCACUCACAUAUUCACUCACUUACAAACACGCACAAACACAGACAGACAGUCAGACAGACAUUUAAAAAUCUACAAAAGACUUGUCCUUUCUCCUCCCUUUCUUCUUUCUACUUUUCUUUUUAUAUGUAUUUCAUGUUGAACGUAUUUUAUCAUUCAAUUUUCCUUCUUG